AGGAAGACCACGACGACGAGAAGGGGACCCGAGAGAGGGGGUGAGAGACCGAGCGCGGCAGCGUGGGGCGAGGUGUGUGCUGGCUUCAGAGCAGACCCGAGCACCGAGCCUGGCCCUUAGCCUUCUUCGCGCUCUCUCCCUGCCUUCCCUUCCGACCCUCUGUCUCCUUCUCUCGGAUCCAGCUGUGCGGGGGACGGGGAGUGGCAAUUCGACGACAGUGUGGUGUAAAGGAAUUCAUUAGCCAUGGAUGUAUUCAUGAAAGGACUUUCAAAGGCCAAGGAGGGAGUCGUGGCUGCUGCUGAAAAAACCAAACAGGGUGUGGCAGAAGCAGCAGGAAAGACAAAAGAAGGUGUUCUCUAUGUAGGCUCCAAAACCAAGGAAGGAGUGGUUCAUGGUGUGACAACAGUGGCUGAGAAGACCAAAGAGCAAGUGACAAAUGUUGGUGAGGCGGUGGUCACAGGGGUGACAGCAGUAGCACAGAAGACCGUGGAGGGAGCAGGGAGCAUCGCAGCUGCCACUGGCUUUGGCAAAAAGGAUCAGCUGGGCAAGAGUGAAGAAGGAGGCCCACAGGAAGGAAUUCUGGAAGAUAUGCCUGUUGAUCCUGACAAUGAGGCAUAUGAAAUGCCUUCUGAGGAAGGGUAUCAAGACUAUGAACCCGAAGCCUAAGAAAUACUUUUGCUCCCAGUUUCUUGAGACCUACUGAAAGAUGUUCCAUCCUGUACAAGUGCUCAGUUCCAACAUGCCCAGUCAUGAUAUUUUCUCAACGUUUUUACAGUGUAUUUUAAACUCUCCCAUCAGCCGUGAUUGAAGUUCUCUGUACCCGCCCCUACUCAGCAUUUCAGUGCUUCCCUCUCACUGAAGUGAUUAUACGGUAGCAGGGUCCUUGUGUGCUCUGUGAUACUGUGG